AAGAAAACCAUACUAAUAAAUCAUCAGAUAACAAUUUUGGAGAAACUUUCAAUCAAAAAACAAAAAUCCUAAAAGUAAAUACGAUUUGACAUUUAUACCGCUUUCUUAUCAACGAUUGCAACAACAGCAAAAAGAAGAAAUUUUCCUUUUUCUACGACGAGAUUAAGUGCAGAUAUCAACAACAAUGGAACCUGAUCACCAAGAAGCGGAAAAAAUCAAUGAAAAACUCAUUGAUAUUUCCGCAAUAACACCAGCAACAAAUAUCGGUUCUUCAUCAACAAACGAACCUGGCGAAUCCGCAAAUUUUUUCGAAUUGGAUUCAAAUUUUUCAAUAAUGAAUAUUAAUGAUGGUAAAAAACAAGAAGAAAAAUUCAUCGAUAAUGAUAACCAAGCAAAAGUGAUGAAUCUUAAUGUUAUUGAUGAAGUUAGUUUGUCAUCAUCAUCAACAACAAAUGAUCCUAAUCAACAAUCAACAAUUACCGAUGAUCCAAAUCCCGACGAUUAUCUAAUUGAACCGGGAAAACAUUCUGAUAAUUUUGUUGAUUUAAAUUUUACAUUAAAUCAAUCAAAAGUUUUGGAUCCCGUAGAAUUGAAACAAACGAAUCCAGCAGCAGUGUUAUUUGAAGAAAAAUCUAACGAUAAUGAUUUGAAAAAAUCACAACAACAAGCCGAUUAUUCAUUAGAAAUCCAAGAUGAUAUAACAAAUAUACUUGAUGAAAAAUUUGAUCUUCUGGAAAUGUCCAAUUCACAAAUAUCGGAUAAUUAUAAUCUGGAUUCGAUGAAUGAAUUACAAAAUGAACAAAUGCCGAUAAUGAUGAUGAAUUCUUCUUCAGUUGAAAUAGCCUCCGAAUCAUUACCAUCGGAAAUAAUGGAUUUACAACCGAAAUCGAUAAAUCAAACUGAUAAUAGCGUUGUUUCAAUGGAUUCCAGUGUUGUUGAACAACAACAACAACAAACAUUUCAAGGAUCAGCAUCUGAUUCAUCUCACGAGUCACAAAAGUCAUUUAUUGAAAAAUUCGAUGAUUCGAAUGUUGCUGAUAUGGAUUUUCCAGCUACCACCGCCACCACCAACAUUACCGAACAACAAAUAAUACCACCGAUUGAAGUAGAUCGUUCUUCAAACAUUUUGGAACAACAGCAGCAACAACCAUCAUCGGUGGCUACUUCAUUUAUAGAAUCAGAAGAUUCCAGAAUUUUACCGGUUCAAUCUUCAAUCGAUCAAUCUUCAUUAAUGGCCGGUGAUUCAAUGAAUUUAUCAUCAACAUUUAAAGUUUCUGAAAUUGUUGAUAUACCACAAGAUUCUAGAACUGAAUUUGUUGAACCUUUAAUUGUUGAUGAAACGAUUGACAGUGGUGAAAAAUUGGUUGAAAAAUUGGUCGAUCCAUUUGAUACGAUGGCAACGACAAUUUCUUCAAACACAGUGCAAUCUUCGGAACAACAACAAAAACCAGUGCCGGAAAAUAAUCCAAAUGUUGAUUCGAAUGAAAUUUCAGUUUCAGAAAAACAAGUUGUUCCUAUGGAUGAUAAUGUUGAAAAUAACUUUGGUGCUGCUUCUACUACAUUCAAUCCUUUACCUGAUAAUAAUGAUAAUUUGCUGUCCGGUGAUGCUUCUACUACCUUAUCAUCAUCAUCAUCAUCGAUGGCAAACAAGCCAGAUAAUUUGGUCGAUGAACAACAACAUUUGGCUACAUCAACAUUGGUUGCAGCUGCUGCUGUUGAAAAGGCAAUAUCAACAGCAGUAUCACAAACAUCGGCGGUGAGCAGCAGCAGUGUUUUAUUGCCCACGUCAGCACCAUCAACAACGAAAAUCUUAUCUUCCGUGGACAAUGCUGACGACGAUGAUGUUGAUGAUGUUGAUGAUGAAAAGCAGGUAGAAAAAUCAAAAGAGAUUUUUGAAAAAUCAGCAAAGUCUACGUCUACUACGUCGAUUAGUAAAAACGACCAAAUCAUCGAUGAUGAUGAUGAUGAUGAUUUUAUUGAAGAAAAACCAGUUACUUUAAAUCGUCUUGAACAACCACAACAACAACAACAAGAAGAAGAAAUUUUCAGUGAACAACUACCACCACCACCACAAUUAGAACCAGAAGAACAGAUAUCGUCGUCUUUGUUGUUGUCGUCAUCAAACGUCUUGUCGGCAAAUAUUGAUGAUCAUCAUCCUUUUGAACCAGAAAAAGAAAUUGAAACAGCAAAAAGUUGUAAACAACAACAACAACCAGAACAACAAGAAUCCGAUUCUUCUGAAUUAAUAUUUCAAGAAUCAUUAUCAUCAGAAUCACCAGCAAUUGAACCGGUGUUUGAACAAAAACAAAAACAACAAGAAAAAUCAUUGAAAAAAGAACAACAAAUCCUUGUUGAAAACGAACAAAAAAUUAUGGGCCGAAAAAAUUUUCGUCAAUAUUCAUCUGAUAAUUCAUCUGCAGCCAAUAAUUUGGAGCCAGAUUGUCUACAGAAUUUUAUUCAAUCAUUAUUUGGACCAUGUGCUGCAGACAUUUUAUAUUGGCGUGAUCCGAAAAAUUCCGGAGCAGUUUUUGGUAUCGGUUUGGUCAUAUUAUUUUCAUUGACCAUAUUUUCGGUCAUAUCGGUUGUUGCUUAUACACUAUUAUUUACACUGUUGGCAACAUUAUCGUUUAGAGUUUAUAAAAAUGUUAUGCAAGCCGUUAAUAAAACUGAUGAUGGUCAUCCAUUCAAAGAAUAUUUGGAAGUAGAUUUAACACCGAACCAAGAACGAGCUCAUGAAAUUGCUGACCAAAUAUUGUCCCAUUUUAAUUGUUUUGUUAAUCGUAUGAGAAGUGUACUGUUGGUUGAAGAUUAUGUUGAAUCAUUCAAGUAUUUGUUUAUGUUUUGGGCAUUAACAUUUAUUGGAUCAUGGUUUAAUGGAAUGACAUUGGUCAUAUUGGCAUAUAUUGGUGCAUUUUCAUUACCAAAAGUUUAUGAAAUGAAUCAAGCUCAAGUUGAUCAUUAUAUUUCAAUGGUUGUUUCAAAAAUUAAUGAAAUUACCGAAAAAAUUCCUUUCUUGAAAAAAGCAACGGCAGCUGUAGCCGAAAAGAAAGAUAAUUGAAGAAAAAAAAAGAUUGAAACCACAACAUCAAAGCAUUUCUGGCCUAUAUUAUUAUCGCUAGAUAACUGAUUAUCAAACAAACACACACAAACAAUUUCAAUUCUCUCACUUUUUUUUCAUUCAUUCUUUCUUCGU